AUGCGAGCAUGUAUUGACUGUAUUACCUCUGGUAGCCUAGACCACUGGCGUACAGUGGUGCCGCCUGGGCAUUCAGAGAGCGAUAAUAUUGGAGAGAGUGGCGUUGACAUCUUUUUCGUUUUUGACACCGCUCGGGAUAUUUACAAGGAGUGGGCUGGACUACGAUUGGGAAAAGAGCGCCUCAGGGCUGGCGUAGCAUCAAUUUUGACGCUCGCCCGCCUCGAUGCCUGGAUCGCGACGCGCUGCGUAAUGCAGGUGGCACUGGCGAGGACAGCGCUGGGCAUUGCGACAAAAUUAUGCGACGAUGGUGCAGAGGAGAGCGAUAUACACUCUGCGUUGCUGAAGGUUCUGAGCAAAGGUGGAGUUUCGCACGCCAUGUUCACUGACGUGCUUUCACAUUUGUUACCGAAAGCAACGCUGGGUAUUCACGAAACGUUGCGCGAAAUAGUUGAGAGGGUUGCUCCAGAAGAGCUGGAGAAGACUCUGAUCUCUGAUGCCAGCGGGGAGACUUUUGAGCAUGCAAACGAUACGAGGGAGAUAACCUUUUCGUACGUCUGCCCGUAUUCGAUAAAGGAGGGCAAGGACUGCGACCGCGUCGUUCUCAGACCUUCAGCAUUCAAAAAAUAUGUCUGCGAUUGGAUCGGAGAUGUGUGCGAUGGCUUUGUGGGCGUUAGCGAGCUCACGUCUUCCCAGUUUGAUCCGAUACGUUUCGACGGCGAGGGGUAG